AUGGAGCAAUAUCUUCUAGAGAAUGUCACUCGCUACCAAACCCUGAUUCAACGGUUCAAGAAACCUGCACAGAAAGCGACCGGUAGCAACGAUGCUGAAAUGAGUUCGGAAAUGGUCAUGGCUACUCGAAUUCGGCCCUUGUUAGAAGAAGAGAUCUCUUCAGGGCAGGUAGUUGCUAUAUAUCCCCGUGAUGAAAAGAGUGGAGUAGUGGAUCUUCAUGAGCUGAAGAGGGUGGUCAGGGGUCUCCCCACUCUGAACUCUUCCAACUUCAGAGUUGGCAAGGUCUUCGGCCCGGAUCGUACUACGGAAACGAUUUACGAAGAUACAGUGCAGCGACUUCUUCCUCAUGCAUGGGAAGGAAAUAUUGGAACACUCUUUGCCUAUGGCCAGACUGGGUCGGGAAAAACGUUUACUGUCAGUGGGUUGGAGCGAUUGAUUGCCAGAUCCUUGUUCGAUGGAACACUAGCAGGUGAACGGAAGGUUCAUGUCUCUAUUUUUGAAUUGGCAGGGAACUCAGCAUUUGAUCUCCUAAACUCUCAUGCCCCUUUUAUGAUCCUAGAGGACUCUUUUGGAAACACCCAGCUUGUUGGUAUCCAAGAACACCAAGUCCAGAACACGACAGAGCUACUCACCUUGGUUGACCAAGCCACGGCAUUUCGACAAACUGCGUCUACAGAGAAAAACGAUGGAUCUUCGCGAUCACACGCCAUCUGCCGCAUCAGAAUCAAGAAUCCCGCUCCCGACGCUCUAGAAGAUGGGAUUCUAUACCUGAUCGAUCUUGCAGGUUCAGAAGCCGCUCGAGAUAUUGCAAAUCAUACAGCCGAUCGCAUGAAAGAAACGCGCGACAUCAAUACCAGUCUUUCGAUCCUCAAAGAUUGCAUUCGCGGCAUGGCUGAUCUUGAGAAUCCCGCCACAGCAGGAAAGCCUUCUAAGAAACCAUACAUUCCUUUCCGCCAGAGUAUGUUGACGAAAGUCCUUAAACAUCUUUUUGACCCAGAGGGCAACCGUUGUUGUAGGACUACGGUACUCGCAUGUGUGAAUCCCAGCUUCUUGGGUACAGGUGCAACCAAAAAUACGCUUCGGUAUGCGGAAAUGCUGCGUUCGGCUCGGCCGAUUCGGAAGGGUGUUGCGUAUGACCCUACGAAUCCCAAUACUUGGAGUAAUAAGGACUUGCGAUCGUACAUUAGAAUCCAGUCAGGGGAUCCGUCGAUUACUCCCUCUGACCUUGCUCCUCAUGAGUCUGGCACUCAGCUGCUGCGGAUUCCAACGGAGAAAUUCGUUGAGCGAUGUCUUAAAACUCAUGGCGUUACCAAGGAGCAAGCCGAUAUUACGCUAAAUUGUGGAAGCUGCACAUUGAUUCUCGACGUGCUGCUCAUUGAUAUCUCUGGGAUCAGUAUUGUUCACCGUAUGUGCACCCUACACAUGUGCUCGUAUAUAAUAUCCAGUGGGGAGAUUUAA